GAGGACAUGGCGUCAGGCAGGAAGGACGUGUGCGACGGCAUUGACCUGAAAUGGAUGUACGACUCGGAUGAUUCGGACGACAAUGAAUGGAAGCGAAGAGGUUCGAGAUCUAGCUACCGUCGAGUUCGUCAGUCGGGCUCGAUCGCUGUAGACUCUCCGGUACAUGGCUCGUCUCCCGUCAAAGACCUCAGUCAUGAGGCGUCUUUCCGCGGACGACUACGGAAGAGCAUCAUCCGGAACUCCAAAGCCAGGGUGAUCAGUACUAUAUUUGACAUAACAACAAAGAGUGUGAUGUGUAUUCUCUACUUUCUUCGGGUUCAACUAGACGACCACACUACAUAUCACUGUGGAGGUGAGGCUUGUGUCAACAACACCCUUCCUGAGCUCCUCACUACAAAUAACGACGACGGCAUGGUUCACUCCUCAUCGGCUAUCAACUGGCAUGUGAUAAUCUGGGUGGAUCGGCCCCUACCCCUGUGGAUUGUACAGGUCGUACUGUCCAUGGCCAGUUUUAUAAAGGCUUUGAUAUUUAUUGCUAUAGCAAAGGGAAACCAGUCCAGAUUUGACACAAUGAUGCAGACAAAGUUUAUCCUGGAAUUUUUCUGCUCAGCACCUCUCAUCUUCACAGCGUGUUACCCUAUGCUGUUUAGAAAUCUGUUUGUACCAUCAUUCCUCAACUGUUGGCUGGCAAGAUAUGCCCUGGAAAAAUUGUUUAAUGAUCUUCACAUCACAAAACAGAGAUUCCAGGAAAUCUCGGUCACAUUGUCACAACAGCUCUUCAUCCUCUUCGUCACUCUCUUCUGUCUCAUCUUCACCACUGUUUGUGGAGUACAACACAUACAGAGAGCCAGUCUGGAAUCCCCUCUCACCAUGUUUGAGUCGUUCUACUUCACGAUCGUCACCUUUUCUACCGUCGGGUACGGAGACAUCUCCCCAGAUAUAUGGCUGGGCCAGGUUUUCAUGGUCUUGAUGAUUUGUGUAGCCUUUGCAUACAUCCCACGCCAGGUAGAGGUGAUAGGCUCCACCUGGAUGGAGAGACAGAGAGCAGGAGGGGUGUACAGUCGCCGUGAAGCAGCCGGCAACAAACACGUGAUUGUUUGCUGUCAACAGUUCUCGUCCGAGGCUGUCAUGGAUUUCCUCACGGAGUUCUAUGCCCAUCCAAAACUUGAGGACCACACUGUCAUACUACUUGGUUCGGGCGAGCUUGGCAGUAGUAUGCAGGUCAUCAUAAGGGAUCCAAAAUGGGCCAACAGAGUCAUCUACAUAAGAGGAUCAGCCCUCAAGGACAUCGACCUUAAACGGUGCAGGAUCAACAGAGCAGAGGCCUGUUUUGUAUUACCACCCGGCAACUGUACAGACAAGGACCAGGCUGAUAAGCAUACUAUAUUGCGCUCCUGGGCCGUUAAGGAUUUCGCUCCCAAAUGUCAACAGUAUGUACAGCUGUUCAGGGUGGAGAAUAAGAUGCAUGUCAGAUUUGCUGAACAUGUGGUCUGUGAGGAUGAGUUUAAAUAUGCCCUGUUAGCCAACAACUGUCUCUACCCUGGUCUGUCUACACUGGUGUCUCUACUGAUGCAUACCUCAACAGGAUAUGAGGGUUCGUUAGCAAGUGAGACGUGGCAGCAGAUUUAUGGUCAACACUCUGGAAAUGAGAUCUACCACAUCCAGCUAUGUAAGAGUAUCUUCUUUAGUCAGUAUGAGGGGAAGAAAUUCACUGAGGCAUCAGCUGAUGCUCAUAAACGAUAUGGUGUCACUCUUCUGGGGAUCUUGGAUGUGGAGAGUACUGUGGGGGAACCUCGCCUACAACUCAACCCUGGCAUGCACUGCUACCUAAAAAAAUCAGAUUUCUGCUUUUACAUGAGCAUAACAAAGGAAGAAUACUCAAAAAUCAAAACUCAAGAUGUUCAGAAAGAGAAGGGCAAAAGUCAGAGAGAAAGAAAUUAUGCUACGAUGGCUUCAGAGCUGCAGAAGUUUAUAGAGACGCGUGGUGAUGAAGAGGAUUCUGACGGUGAAGAGAGUGUAUUUAACACCCUUAACUCACAGGCUGGGAUAGAGUUUAAAAAACAGCUCCUUCUAGAUGUACCAGGGGAACCAGCUCCGGACACCCUCCUUGGUCACAACGCUGAUGUCACAGACUCGGCCGCCAAUGCCAAAGUCCAACAGAUCAUGGAGGACAUCGGACAGGAGGAAGUGAUUACUGGUAUACCUCCUAUAACACUGUACGCUGGUACCAAAAACACAAGCUGCUACCUUGUCAAAAAAGAGCGGCCGCUCUGCUGUCUCCGCUGGGGAGAGAAUUGUGAGCACUGUAAUUUUAAGAAUGCAAAUGAACAGCGAUGGCAGGGGCGCCUAAUUAUCCUAUCUACAGAACGGCCACAUUCCGGUAUCUACAACUUCAUCAUUCCUCUGAGGUCACAGUUCAUCAACAUGGUGUCACUUAGUCCUAUAAUUCUAUUACUGGAGCUGGAACCAGAUAGCCUAUUUCUGGAGACCAUCGCCAAAUUCCCAAUGGUGUACUGGAUGAAAGGUUCGCUCAAUGUGGACGACUUACUUGUGGCCGGUAUACAGAAGUCCAGUCACCUUGUGGUCACUAAUCGUGAGUGUAAGGACACUGUAGAGACGGAGAAUGUUCUCGUCGACUCGGAGACUAUUGUCGCUGUACAGACCGUCUCCAAACUUUUCCCGAAUGCCAAUAUUAUCACUGAGCUUGAUAAAGCAUCCAACAUGCGGUUUAUGCAAUUUCAAGCACAUGAUCACUACGCUCAGAAAAUCUCCAAACUUGAGAAGAAACUGAAAGAACACAUGAGAACGACGUUGACUCAUAUUUUCCGUCUGCCGUUUGCUGCAGGCCGUGUUUUCAGUGGGAGCAUGUUGGACACACUUCUCUAUCAGACCUUUGUGAAGGGAUAUUUGAUCAAGUUUGCACGGCUGUUGCUGGGGAUUGAUGCUGAAAUGAACUCUGGCCAUCUAUCUAGUAUAAAAGUCAAACGUCCCGUUCUUGCCAAGUACAGGACAUAUGGAGACUUGUACCAGGGCCUGUGUGCCAUGACAGGGGAGGUUCCUAUAGCUAUUUAUAGAACUGAAAAAAGGAAACACAUAGACGACGAGGAGGAUAAUGCAGCGAACAACAACAAAUCAGCAGACGAAGAGGGUCUCACACGGAGAGCUUCAGCUACGAAAAAAGUCUCCCUCAACAUCAAACAGUUCUACGAGAAGUCGGAGAAGGACGACAUUUCUGAUCUGAUCAGGAAUAGGAUGAAAUCAUUAGAGAUGGAUACACUGAGUUUCUGUGAGCAUGAUGAGAUGGGUACACCAGUAUCAUAUGUGAUCCUAAACCCACAUCCACAAAGAAAACUGAGGAAGGGAGACUUGGUAUACGUUAUACAACCAAGCUCCAUGUUUGCCAUUCCCUCCAAGGUGAACAAAAUAAAAGGUCGCCGGAGAGCAUGGUCAUACAAGUCGCCCAGUACAGAGGAGAUACUCAAACAUGCCCAGUAUCGACCACGAAGCCAUUCUGUUGAUGAUGGAAUUGGUUGUGCAUCAGCCCUGGGAUCAGAGUUAUUGGGCGGACAUCGUGAUAGUUUAGGGGAUGGACAGGGAGACAGGACCAGACAGACAUCGGGGCCAGACAAUGAGCCAGAAAAUACAAACGUUAGUCCUGUGCCACAGAUUGUUGUGACCAAGGCCAAAACAGGCAAAGUUUUUACGAUGGAACGAACUUCAGAGUUAGAACUGCUUUAAGUGAACAGAUCUAUUACAUUCAUUUUUUGCUCACAUCUGUGACAGAUAAAUUGUAAAUAAGGUACACACUGUGUCUGGUAUUGGAAGACAAUAUAAGUAGACUAUGAAGUACCGUACUGUGUUUAUACUGCAAUAUCUCUGGCAUGCCUACACAAAACCUUAACAUAAGCUUAUCAAGUAUGAAAUGAAAAUUGUUUGGUAAUGUUACUGAACAGCAAUAUAUUUGGGUAUAUAUGCAUUACUGGAUAAAUCCAGUACUUUGUUCGGAAAUGUUGAAUUAGGUGUUGUUAGUUGUGGUUUAAGAAUCAUACCUAGAGCCUUAUCAUCCUGUGCUUGCUUUCAAUUGAGACACAUCUUCAGUAUCACGUGUAGUUGGUUUCUGUUGAGUCACACCUUCAGUAUCGUGUGGUUGGUUUCUGUUGAGACACACCUUCAGUAUCGUGUGGUUGGUUUCUGUUGAGACACACCUUCAGUAUCGUGUGGUUGGUUUCUGUUGAGACACACCUUCAGUAUCAUGUGGUUGGUUUCUGUUGAGACACACCUUCAGUAUCGUGUGGUUGGUUUCUGUUGAGACACACCUUCAGUAUCGUGUGGUUGGUUUCUGUUGAGUCACACCUUCAGUAUCAUGUGGUUGGUUUCUGUUGAGACACACCUUCAGUAUCACGCGUGGUUGGUUUCUGUUGAGACACACCUUCAGUAUCGUGUGGUUGGUUUCUGUUGAGACACACCUUCAGUAUCGUGUGGUUGGUUUCUGUUGAGUCACACCUUCAGUAUCAUGUGGUUGGUUUCUGUUGAGACACACCUUCAGUAUCACGCGUGGUUGGUUUCUGUUGAGACACACCUUCAGUAUCGUGUGGUUGGUUUCUGUUGAGACACCUUCAGUAUCAUGUGGUUGGUUUGUGUUGAGACACACCUUCAGUAUCAUGUGGUUGGUUUGUGUUGAAACACACCUUCAGUAUCAUGUGGUUGGUUUCUGUUGAGUCACACCUUCAGUAUAAUGUGGUUGGUUUCUGUUGAGACACACCUUCAGUAUCAUGUGGUUGGUUUCUGUUGAGUCACACCUUCAGUAUAAUGUGGUUGGUUUCUGUUGAGACACACCUUCAGUAUAAUGUGGUUGGUUUCUGUUGAGACACACCUUCAGUAUCAUGUGGUUGGUUUCUGUUGAGACCCACCUUCAGUAUAAUGUGGUUGGUUUCUGUUGAGACACACCUUCAGUAUCAUGUGGUUGGUUUCUGUUGAGACACACCUUCAGUAUCACGCAUGGUUGGUUUCUGUUGAGACACACCUUCAGUAUUGUGUGGUUGGUUUCUGUUGAGACACACCUUCAGUAUCGUGUGGUUGGUUUCUGUUGAGACACACCUUCAGUAUCAUGUGGUUAGUUUCUGUUGAGACACACCUUCAGUAUCAUGUGGUUGGUUUCUGUUGAGACACACCUUCAGUAUCGUGUGGUUGGUUUCUGUUGAGACACACCUUCAGUAUCAUGUGGUUGGUUUCUGUUGAGACACCUUCAGUAUCGUGUGGUUGGUUUUUGUUGAGACACACCUUCAGUAUCGUGUGGUUGGUUUCUGUUGAAACACACCUUCAGUAUCGUGUGGUUGGUUUCUGUUGAGUCACACCUUCAGUAUAAUGUGGUUGGUUUCUGUUGAGACACACCUUCAGUAUCAUGUGGUUGGUUUCUGUUGAGUCACACCUUCAGUAUAAUGUGGUUGGUUUCUGUUGAGACACACCUUCAGUAUAAUGUGGUUGGUUUCUGUUGAGACACACCUUCAGUAUCGUGUGGUUGGUUUCUGUUGAGACACACCUUCAGUAUCGUGUGGUUGGUUUCUGUUGAGACACACCUUCAGUAUCAUGUGGUUGGUUUCUGUUGAGACACACCUUCAGUAUCGUGUGGUUGGUUUCUGUUGAGACACACCUUCAGUAUCGUGUGGUUGGUUUCUGUUGAGACACACCUUCAGUAUUGUGUGGUUGGUUUCUGUUGAGUCACACAUUCAGUAUAAUGUGGUUGGUUUCUGUUGAGACACACCUUCAGUAGCGUGUGGUGGGUUUCUGUUGAGACACACCUUCAGUAUCAUGUGGUUGGCUUCUGUUGAGACACACCUUCAGUAUCAUAUGGUUGGUUUCUGUUGAGACACCUUCAGUAUCAUGUGGUUGGUUUCUGUUGAGACACACCUUCAGUAUCACGUGGUUGGUUUCUGUUGAGACACACCUUUAGUAUCACGUGUGGUUUGUUUCUGUUGAGACACACCUUCAGUAUCAUGUGGUUGGUUUCUGUUGAGACACACCUUCAGUAUCGUGUGGUUGGUUUCUGUUGAGACACACCUUUAGUAUCAUGUGGUUGGUUUCUGUUGAGACACACCUUUAGUAUCAUGUGGUUGGUUUCUGUUGAGACACACCUUCAGUAUCACGUGUGGUUGGUCUCUGUUGAGACACACCUUCAGUAUAAUGUGGUUGGUUUCUGUUGAGUCACACCUUCAGUAUCGUGUGGUUGGUUUCUGUUGAGACACACCAUCAGUAUCGUGUGGUUGGUUUCUGUUUAGACACACCUUCAGUAUCGUGUGGUUGGUUUCUGUUGAGACACAUUCAGUAUCGUGUGGUUGGUUUCUGUUGAGACACACCUUCAGUAUCGUGUGGUUGGUUUCUGUUGAGACACAUCUUCAGUAUCGUGUGGUUGGUUUCUGUUGAGACACACCAUCAGUAUCGUGUGGUUUGUUUCUGUUGAGACACACCAUCAGUAUCGUGUGGUUGGUUUCUGUUGAGACACACCUUCAGUAUCGUGUGGUUGGUUUCUGUUGAGACACAUCUUCAGUAUCGUGUGGUUGGUUUCUGUUGAGACACACCUUCAGUAUCGUAUGGUUGGUUUCUGUUGAGACACCUUCAGUAUCGUGUGGUUGGUUUCUGUUGAGACACAUCUUCAGUAUCGUGUGGUUGGUUUCUGUUGAGACACACCUUCAGUAUCGUGUGGUUGGUUUCUGUUGAGUCACACCUUCAGUAUCAUGUGGUUGGUUUCUGUUGAGACACACCUUCAGUAUCGUAUGGUUGGUUUCUGUUGAGACACAUCUUCAGUAUCGUGUGGUUGGUUUCUCUUCAGUAUCGUGUGGUUGGUUUCUGUUGAGACACACCUUCAGUAUCGUAUGGUUGGUUUCUGUUGAGACACCUUCAGUAUCGUGUGGUUGGUUUCUGUUGAGACACAUCUUCAGUAUCAUGUGGUUGGUUUCUGUUGAGACACACCUUCAGUAUCGUGUGGUUGGUUUCUGUUGAGUCACACCUUCAGUAUCGUGUGGUUGGUUUCUGUUGAGACACACCUUCAGUAUCGUAUGGUUGGUUUCUGUUGAGACACAUCUUCAGUAUCGUGUGGUUGGUUUCUGUUCAGACACACCUUCAGUAUCGUGUGGUUGGUUUCUGUUGAGACACAUCUUCAGUAUCGUGUGGUUGGUUUCUGUUGAGACACACCUUCAGUAUCGUGUGGUUGGUUUCUGUUGAGACACACCUUCAGUAUCGUGUGGUUGGUCUCUGUUGAGACACACCUUCAGUAUAAUGUGGUUGGUUUCUGUUGAGACACACCUUCAGUAUCACGUGUGGUUGGUCUCUGUUGAGACACACCUUCAGUAUCGUGUGGUUGGUCUCUGUUGAGACACACCUUCAGUAUCGUGUGGUUGGUCUCUGUUGAGACACACCUUCAGUAUCACGUGGUUGGUUUCUGUUGAGACACACCUUUAGUAUCACGUGUGGUUGGUCUCUGUUGAGACACACCUUCAGUAUCACAUGGGCUAACCAGAGAGUAUUAUUGAUAUAUUAAUAAGGUGUGUUACAGUAACCAGAUAGAAAUGCAUUAUAUGGUUAUAUUAGGGAUGAAAAUCAAAGUGCAUAUUGUGGAAUGAAUCUCUGUGAUAAGUUUAUACAUGUAUUAAGAAAUAGUUCAAUAUUGAGUUAUAUUAUAAAGGUUAAAUACUCAUAAAGAAUUUGAUGAUAAGUUGUUGUAAGAUUCUGAUUUCUAUAAGGCCUUUGGUUGAUACAGUAUUAAGUACUCAGUAUAAGGCACUGUGGUUAGUACAUGUAAUGCAGGCCAGAUGUAUACAUCUGUAAUACUCCACGAAGUUUAUAUUUUAACUGAUUCUCCAAUGGACAUACAUGUGAUAAUUUGGCCUAUUAUGGAGUGUUAUAGUAUGGGUUUCACAUUAAUUUGGCCUAUUUAUAAUGGAGUAUAAUAGUAUGGGUUUAACAUUAAUUUGGCCUAUUAUGGAGUAUUACAGUAUGGGUUUAACAUUAAUUUGGCCUAUUAUGGAGUAUUACAGUAUUGGUUUAACAUUAAUUUGACCUAUUAUGGAGUAUUACAGUAUGGGUUUAACAUUAAUUUGACCUAUUAUGGAGUAUUAAAGUAUGGGUUUAACAUUAAUUUGGCCUAUUAUGGAGUAUAAUAGUAUGAGUUUAACAUUAAUUUGGCCUAUUAUGGGGUAUUAUAGUAUGGGUUUAACAUUAAUUUGUCCUAUUAUGGAGUAUAACAGAAUGGGUUUAACAUUAAUUUGGCCUAUUAUGGAGUAUUACAGAAUGGGUUUAACAUUAAUUUGGCCUAUUAUGGAGUAUUACAGUAUGGGUUUAACAUUAAUUUGGCCUAUUAUGGAGUAUAAUAGUAUGGGUUUAACAUUAAUUUGGCCUAUUAUGGAGUAUAAUAGUAUGAGUUUAACAUUAAUUUGGCCUAUUAUGGGGUAUUAUAGUAUGGGUUUAACAUUAAUUCGUCCUAUUAUGGAGUAUAAUAGUAUGGGUUUAACAUUAAUUUGGCCUAUUAUGGAGUAUAAUAGUAUGAGUUUAACAUUAAUUUGGCCUAUUAUGGGGUAUUAUAGUAUGGGUUUAACAUUAAUUUGGCCUAUUAUGGAGUAAUAAUAGUAUAGGUUUAACAUUAAUUUGGCCUAUUAUGGAGUAUAAUAUUAUGGGUUAAACAUUAGUUUGGCCUAUUAUGGAGUAUAAUAGUAUGGGUUUAACAUUAAUUUGGCCUAUUAUGGAGUAAUAAUAGUAUAGGUUUAACAUUAAUUUGGCCUAUUAUGGAGUAUAAUAGUAUAGGUUUAACAUUAAUUUGGCCUAUUAUGGAGUAAUAAUAGUAUAGGUUUAACAUUAAUUUGGCCUAUUAUGGAGUAUAAUAGUAUGGGUUUAACAUUAAUUUGACCUAUUAUGGAGUGUUAUAGUAUGGGUUUACCAAUUAAAAUCUCAUUUUUUCAUAUGGCAAAAUCAUUGAUAAUUAUGUCAAAAAAGUUUUAGUAUUAGUAUUUAGAUUUUGAAAUGGCCAUAUAUAUACAAUAUAUAGUUAGUUGUGGGUUUACUCCUAUUCUGAAUAAAAAAGUGUUUUCACUAGAUUUCUGUACAUCAGUAACAAAUUAGGUACCACUAAUAAACAAUAAACCAUAAAUAGUCUCGAAAAAACAUGUACAAACUGUAAAUAGGUUGUUUACUGGCUCAGGUAUUGGUAACUUUGGUAAGAUGAUUGACAGCAGACAGUGCUGCUAGUCUGAGUUUAAAGGUGACAGAAUAUUGAUCUUUUCCCCUUCCUACCUAUGUUUAUGGAAUUUGAGAAUUGACAUGUGGAUGUUUUCAUGUUUAUAUCAAUGAACCUCUUGUGUGAUUUGAUGGGUAUACUAAUAUGUGAUGGAGGUUAUCAUGUAUGAUUGUCAGACAUAUUACUGGUUGUGCUUUAUAUGUACACAAUCUCAACAAUUCAUUGAGUCAGAUGGAGAAGUAUUAAAGUCUUUACACUUUUGAGAUUAUUAUCAGUUUUAUGUGAUAAUUAAUACAUUAUUUAGUUUUAUGUGAUAAUUAAUACAUUAUUUAUAUGUAGCUGUCGGUUUAUGGAUCUGUAUAAUGCAUAAUGCUUAACUAUUUAUAGUAUGAUAUUAUUAUGAUAUUGUGUGCAAACAAAUUGGAUGUGAAUGUAUUUUUUUCACACGACUUGUUCAAAAAGACCAAUAGUUAAGAGAUAUUUCAUAAUGUAGCAUGUUGCAUCAAUACACUUUUUGUGAUACAUGUAAAUUAAGUUCCUUUGAAUAAGUUGAUCAUUUGUAUAUGAUAUUUUUUGUUGAAAGUUGUAUUGAACUUGAUAUGUUUCUACUUAAUUUUGCAUUCCAUAUAUGUCUAUGAAAAGUGUUUUAGUGGCACUUAGCAUCUGUACUGUGCAUACAUGUACAACAUGUACAAUUUAUAUACACUGUCAUUGUACAGCUGAAUACGGUCGUAUAUACAUUGUCAUUGUACAGCUGAGUACGGCCGUAUAUAUAUAUACACUGUCAUUGUACAGCUGAAUACGGCUGUAUAUACAUUGUCAUUGUACAGCUGAAUACGGCUGUAUAUACAUUGUCAUUGUACAGCUGAAUAUGGCCGUAUAUACACUGUCAUUGUACAGCUGAAUACGGCCGUAUAUACACUGUCAUUGUACAGCUGAAUACGGCCGUAUAUACACUGUCAUUGUACAGCUGAAUACGGCCGUAUAUACACUGUCAUUGUACAGCUGAAUACGGCCGUAUAUGCAUUGUCAUUGUACAGCUGAGUACGGCCGUAUAUAUAUAUACACUGUCAUUGUACAGCUGAAUACGGCCGUAUAUACACUGUCAUUGUACAGCGGAAUACGGCCGUAUAUACACGCAUUGUCAUUGUACAGCUGAAUACGGACGUAUAUACAUUGUCAUUGUACAGCUGAAUACGGCCGGGCGACACUAAUAACUGGGCCCUGUUAAUGUUGUUCAGAAGGUAAUUAGCAAAUUAUAGUUUACCUGUAAUAACAAUUUCUAAAUCCUGAUUAAAUCAUUUCUGGUAAAACUAACUUGACAACAUUUUAUGAAACUAAUCAUACACGUCAGUCCCCUGUCUACGUCUGUAUUUUAAGGAAAACACAGGUUUAGAAGUAAAGGAGAAAUGAGAUUUUUACUAAUGAAGUGACUAAGCUACAGGUAGUCACCUUUUGAACAUCUGGACCUAGAGGUGUACUUUAUCCUGCUACUUUUCUGUUAAAUAGCUUUUUUCUGUUAUUACGACCCUGUCUGCUGUUUGUUUUCCAACUCAGCAGCAAACAUGAUAACCCACCGAUAUUUAUAUUUGGGACUUCAGAGUAGGUUCCUGAUUUUUAUAUGUUAUGUACAACUACAUUUAAGUAUAAAACCUUGAUGUUAAAGUUAUCAAUCAUCACUUGACAGAAACAUUUCAAUAUACAUUGUAUACUUAUGUGAGUGGCUCUCAGCAAUCUGAAAUGGAUGUCAAACAUAUCUUAGCAACAUAAUUAAAUCAAUUAUAUCAUACUUUCUUUGUU